ACCAUACCAACCAUUACGGAAUACGGAGAAGCCGAUUUAUGUUUUGAUUUUUAGUGUUUUGUAGUUUUAUUAAUUUAAUUUAUUAAGUUUCUUUGUUACUUAUUAACCCGAUUGAAAAUAAAAUAAUGACUUGGGGUUUUGUUACGUGUGGUCCAAAUGAGGCACUCGUAGUAUCAGGAUGUUGCUAUUCAAAACCUUUACUUGUGCCUGGUGGGCGGGCAUUUGUAUGGCCUGCAAUACAACGGGUUCAGCGAAUAUCACUUAACACUAUGACUCUGCAAGUUGAAUCACCAACGGUGUACACCAGCCAGGGAGUGCCUAUUUCUGUUACUGGCAUUGCUCAGGUCAAAAUCCAAGGUCAGAAUGCUGAAAUGUUGUUAUCAGCAUGUGAGCAAUUCCUUGGUAAAUCCGAACAAGAGAUCCAGCAUAUUGCUCUAGUUACCUUAGAGGGACACCAGCGCGCUAUCAUGGGCUCGAUGACUGUCGAAGAAAUAUAUAAAGAUAGAAAAAUUUUCUCGAAGAAGGUAUUCGAAGUGGCUUCUAGUGAUUUGAUAAAUAUGGGGAUCACAGUCGUAUCUUACACCUUGAAAGAUAUAAGGGAUGAAGAGGGUUAUCUAAAAGCAUUGGGUAUGGCUCGUACGGCCGAAGUGAAGCGCGAUGCUCGUAUAGGAGAGGCGGAAGCGCAAGCGGAAGCGAAAAUUAAGGAGGCAAUGGCGGAAGAACAACGUAUGGCUGCAAGGUUCCUCAAUGACACGGAGAUAGCUAAGGCGCAGAGGGACUUCGAACUGAAGAAAGCUGCCUAUGAUGUUGAGGUGCAAACAAAGAAGGCCGAAGCGGAGAUGGCAUACGAGCUCCAGGCUGCUAAGACUAAACAACGCAUCAAGGAGGAGCAGAUGCAAAUUGCAGUCGUGGAACGUUCGCAGGAGAUCAAUGUUCAGAAGUGGGAGGUGCAGAGACGCGAGAAGGAGUUAGAGGCCACCGUGCGAAGACCGGCCGAGGCAGAGAAGUUCAAAUUGGAGAAGUUGGCUGAAGCACACCGACUCAAGACUGUUCUGGAAGCAGAAGCUGAGGCUGAGUCUGUUAAAGUUCGCGGUGAAGCGGAAGCGUAUGCUAUCAAAGCUAAAGCCGUGGCUGAUGCAGAGCAGAUGGCGAAGAAGGCAGACGCUUGGAAGGAGUAUGGUUCAGCGGCUAUGGUGGACAUGAUGCUCGAGACAUUACCAAAGGUUGCCGCGGAGGUAGCGGCGCCACUGUCGCAGGCUCGCAAGGUGACGAUGGUAUCGUGUGGCGGCGGCGACGUAGGCGCAGCCAAGCUCACAGGAGAAGUCCUCAGUAUCGUACAAUGCAUUCCUGAACUCGUGAAGGGCGUCACCGGCGUCGACAUUUCCAAAAUCAAGACGGUGGAAGCAUCUAUGAUCCCAACGCCUACAGCUCGCGGGGACUCGGCGAGGAAGUUACGAUAACUGAUCAAGAAAUGAAAGUAGGCAACAGCAAUAUCCACGAGGGUCUUCGCGCCGUUUAGAGCCGCAUACUACGUAGAGGUAAAAAAUGUUUUCGAAACCGACGUUGCAAAAGAAUUUCUGUCCGAAUAUAUCCGCCAAAUAAUAUUUAUAAUAUAACAUUAGAAUGUUUAUCACGUUUGAUCAUCGAUCUGCUAGAGGACAAAUGAACGCUUUAUUCAAGUAGCUACAAAUGACUGUUAUACUUAUAAAAUUUAUACAUAUAUUUUUUUAUUUAGCUAAACGUUUGUUAGGAUAUAUAAUAUUUAGAGAUGAAACCAUUUUAAAAAAAAUUCUAAAUAUUAAAGUAAUUGAAUUGGUAGAUUUAAUAGAUCUCUUUUUUAAAGAUAUUGUUUAGCGUACAUUAGUGGAUAUUUAGAGUUACGCGUGCUAUUUAUGUAUUCGCCUUUUUAUCUACACGUUUACGUAUGUUCUUAUAUACUUCGAUUAGUCAAUUGGGUGAUGUAUUUUUGUAUACUAAUAAAGUGUAAAAGUUUCAGUAUUAAUUAAUUAAUUAACUAAAACAUUUAAAUAUUAUAUUAUAUCAAGUAAUAUUUCAUCGUUACCUCACGUCACUCUUAUUUAAUUUUUUUCUCAUAGAAGUUAAAAAAGUAAAUGUUAAUAUUUUAAGUAUUAAAGUUCACUUAUACCUCGAACGUUAUAUUAUAUUAAUGCACAGUAACCCGAAACGUAAGUGUAAAAAAAAUGAUUUAAAAAAAAAGUCGAUUGUAUACUUUUUUUUUUUUGAUUAAAACUAAAUUCAUUGCGAUCGUUUUCAAGAAAUAAUUAUGUGUGCUAUGACAUACCGUAGUAUGAGAUGUAUUUUGAUAUUCCCAUCUAUGGCCAAAGGCCACACUACAGGUAUGUAUGUAUAAGGUAUUUUUUAAAUUAUAACGAAAAACUUGUUAAGAGUGAAGAGAGUGAUGUAACGAGUACAAUGAUCUGAAGCUUGAUAUCUCGAUGUCGAUAUGUAAUAACAAAGUAUACUUAUAAUCAAACGAAAUGAUUAAUUUACUUUUAAAUCAAUACGAAUGGAAAAAUAUCGAAUAAUUAAUUUAUGAGAUUAAUGCGACUUAUAAAUGGUUUGAGUAAAUUCUAACUAAGUACAUAUUAUACUCUGUCGCAUCGGUUAUUCACUUUUUGACAUCGGCCUUAGAACGUAAAUGUUAGUUAAUGUAAACGUUAACAUUGAAAUUCAAAAAAAAUUAAUGACUUCUUGCUGCAUACAUUAUAAUACCGUUAAAUAUAUUUUUUAUAUUCUUAGUCGUCCGGCACGGAACUUUCUCCAUAUGUAUGUGUGUACAAUAAAUUUGCAAAAUUUCAUUUAAAGCUAACAACAAAGCCGCAAAUAUUAUUAUGAUAAAAAUUAAAAUCAUACUCAAUAAUGAUAAACACAAGGCACUGAAACCGGCAACAUAAAAGGAUUUUUUUUAGCAGCUAUAACUGAUAAUAAUCGAUACAACAUGCCAAUUAAAGUCGCAUGAUCAAAAUGUUCCGUUGCCGCGCUCUCUAUAGUUACAUCUUUCAAAGAGUGUAAAAUAACCAAAUGUACAGAGUAUAAGUACUUUAUUUGUGAAAGUGUAAUAUGGAAGGAACUAUAGGAGCAUUGGUUCAGUCGGUGAUAUCUAACUAGCAAAAGCUUUUUUCAUUGUUACCUAAACGCGUUUUAAUUAAUUGCUUAGUACGUAACUAAUCGCAUAUAUUAGCGGGAUUAUCGACUUGGAAUGAAAACUUGCACGGGACGGACAUUUAUACACUACCCAUAUUUAUUACAUCUAAUCUAAUAAUGACGUAACUACGACACUCUGAUAACAUUAUUUACCUCGAGCUAUAUGUUGGCUUUUGUGCCAUAAUUACGCGAAGCAAUAAUCGUAUAUAAAUUUUAAGCACCUUUUUGUUGUUUAAGUAUAUUUAAGAUAAGAGAUAGUAUAUUAUUGUAUAAUAAAAUCCAUUUAUUUUGAUAAUAUGUUUAAAUGUUUGGGUGCUGUGUAUUCCCUUAUAAUAUUAGCAUUUUUUAGCACAAAUAUAUUCGUUUAUAGUACAACUUUAGAUAAGAAUUUUCUUUACGCUGUUGUAUUUAAAACGUAGGUUUAAGCUUUCUUUUGUCACUGCCUCUUUACUAACUAAAGCAAUAUUUUAUUAUAUUAUUAACCUUUAGACAUAAUUGAGAUAAAAAAUCUUAAUUCAUUUUUGUAUUGCAUAAAAUAAAAUCAUUGCUAUAUUUAUAAUUUAUAGUAAAUCGAAAUUAGUAAAUUAACUUCUCAUAUAAUUAUUUCAUUAACCAAACAGAUAAAGAAACUUAGCUUUUGGUUAAACUCAACAUCCUGAUAAUUUCUGCUAUCAUCGUCUACUUUGAAAGGUAGUGCGAAGUUGCUUACGCGGUGAGAAAUAAUACUGUUAUUAGUACAUUUUUAGUGUGAAGUAAUAAAUUUUGGGGUUUUAACAAAAACUAAUAGUCAGUGAAGUAAUCAACUAUGAUGUGCACUAAGAGUGGAACAUCUAGGUUAAAAUUGUGUGUGGAUCACAUUUUUAUUAAUGUAUGUGUAUUGACGUGGGUUUUAUUCAUAUUUAUUCAGUAAAAUUUUGAACUUAA